CCUUGCUUUGUUUUGACGUUGUGCACCGUAAGUAACAAAAAUGACAACAUGAACGUGGAUUGUCUCAGCUCAACGCUCUAAGCUCUGAAUGGCAUUAUCACAUUCAUCCAAAAUCUGUUUGCCGAUUUAUAUGACCUGAUAGUCGUCAUCUCUUAUUAUAAUAGUGUGCCGUUAAGUAGGAAUUAAUGAAAUUAACGAAUUGAAUAUGAAGCUAGUUCAUGAAAACUUGGACAAAGGGAGUUGUGGGAGCAUUGUCUUGAUUCCCGAAGAAUCUGAGGACAUGUGGCAUGCGUACAAUCUGAUUGCCGAAGGAGAUCAAGUUCGGAGUAGUACAAUUCGGAAGGUGCAAAAUGAAAGCGCCACGGGAUCAUCAACAAGCAGCCGAGUACGCACGAUCCUCACCAUCGCCGUGGAGUCCAUAGAUUUCGAUACCCAUGCGCAGGUUCUGCGCUUGAAGGGUCGUAACAUAGAAGAGAACCAGUUCGUCAAGAUGGGCGCCUAUCACACACUGGAUCUGGAGUUGAACCGUAAAUUCACUCUCACCAAGUCUCUGUGGGAUACGAUCGAUCUGAACCGACUGGAGAUGGCUUGUGACGUUACGAAGAGUGCCGAUGUGGCCGCCGUUAUCAUGCAGGACGGUUUGGCGCACGUUUGUUUGAUCACGUCCAGCAUGACAUUGGUUCGUAGCAAAAUCGACGUAACGAUCCCCCGCAAACGCAAGGGAAACGUGCAGCAGCACGAAAAGGGACUGGCGAAAUUUUACGACUCGGUCAUGCAGAGCAUUCUGCGGCACGUGAACUUCGACGUUGUCAAGUGUAUCCUGAUCGCUUCGCCAGGCUUCGUUAAGGAUCAGUUCUACGAGUAUAUGUUCCAGCAAGCGGUCAAGACUGACAAUAAGGUGCUACUAGAAAAUAAGGGUAAAUUUAUGUUGGUUCAUUCAUCAUCAGGAUUCAAGCACUCUUUAAAGGAGAUACUCCAGGAUCCUGCAGUCGUGGCGAAAAUGUCCGAUACGAAGGCAGCCGGGGAAGUCAAAGCUCUGGAACAGUUUUACACCACGCUGCAAUGUGAGCCGUCCAAGGCAUUCUACGGCAAGAAGCAUGUAACUAAAGCUGCCGACGCUCAAGCCAUCGAUACGCUGCUCAUUUCGGAUAACUUAUUCCGGUGCAAAGACGUUGCCACGAGAAAGGAGUACGUGCAGCUGGUGGAUUCAGUGUACGACUUUGGGGGCGAAGUGAAGAUCUUCUCGAGUUUACACAUGUCUGGUGAACAACUAGCUCAGCUGACGGGUGUGGCGGCAAUUCUGCGCUUCCCGAUGCCGGAGAUAGAGGACAGUGAGGGCGAGCAGAGCGACACGGACUCAGAUUAGUUUCGGGAACAUUGCGUGUGAAUCAGAGCUACUAGACGAAACCCAGUUAUCUUUAGUUCCACUCAAAUUAGAUUUUAAUCGCGCUCGUUUUAUCCACUAAUAUAGCUAGAAUUUAGUUAGAUGA